AUGGAGGGGGUGGUUCCGAGUUCUCCCCCCACUUCAUGCUUUUGCCAGUUCUUCUUUUCAUUAUGCGAUCCGAAGAGUCGAGCACAUCGCUAUUCAAUGUUGUUCUUUAUUUGCUUGUUGUCAUUUGGCAGUUACUUUUGCUACGACAAUCCUGCUGCUCUCCAAGAUGCGUUUUUAACCGAUCUUCGCUUAACUGUGACGGAAUUUAUGAACCUCUAUGCAUUCUAUUCUUGGCCAAAUGUCAUUCUUAGCCUCGUCGGAGGUUUUUUAAUUGAUCGUGUAAUUGGAAUUCGCUGGGGAACUAUCCUCUUUGCUUCUAUAAUUUUCAUCGGUCAGUGUGUAUUCGCAGCAGGUGCUUUCAUGAAAAGUAUCUAUCUAAUGUAUUUUGCACGAUUGCUUUUCGGCAUUGGUGGGGAAUCCCUGUCAGUUGCUCAAAACUCCUACGCCACGGCUUGGUAUACAUCGAAUGAGCUGAAUUUUGUCUUUGGACUUUCUAUAAGCAUGGCCAGGAUCGGUUCCACUGUGAAUAUGAAUACUAUGCGGCCUCUUUAUAAUGCUGUUGGAAAUCGAUUCCAUGUUGUUGGUAGUACAAAGAUGGCCAUAACGUUACUUAUUGCGUCUUCGACUUGUCUCUUCUCUAUCGCCUGUGCCUUCUCACUUGCUUUCUUUUAUAAACGAUAUCUUAAAGCACAACAAGCCGUUGCGAUUGAGCCACCACAAGCUGAAAAUGAAACAACUGAUGAAAUUCAAGAUUCUCAACCUGGAACCUCAGAGGUGACGGCUCAGCCAGCUGUGGAGGAAGUGAAGAAAAUCGAAAUCAGGGAUAUUUUACAUUUUCCGGCUCCAAUUUGGCUUAUCUGCGUCAUUUGUGUGACCUAUUACGUGGCUAUAUUCCCAUUCAUCAGUUUGGGAUUGGUUUUCUUCCAGCGCAAAUAUGGAUUGGACCCUCCUGAAGCAGCAGCAAUUAAUAGCAUGAUAUUCAUCGUUUCCGUAGUAGCCAGCCCCCUGGUCGGUUUGGCGGUCGAUUAUGUCGGUUACAACUUGACCUGGUUAGCCUCUGGCGUGGCAUUAGCAAAUAUUUGCCAUGCAAUUUUCGCAUUUACCUCCCAUGGUGUCUCUCCUCUCGCAUUGACUGCCUUCCUCGGAUUAAGCUACUCAAUUCUAGCUAGUAGUCUAUGGCCUAUGGUCGGCAUGGUUUUACCCCAACAUCAUCGGGCCACGGCUUAUGGUCUUAUCCAAUCCAUACAGAACCUUGGUUUGGGCCUUAUCGCCAUGUUAACUGGGUAUAUAGUUGACACCAAGGGAUAUCUGGUUUUGGAGCUCUUCUUUCUCCUGUGUACAUCUAUUGCUCUAUUAUCAGCUGUCUGUUUGAUGUUGUGGGAUUCUAAAAACGGCUAUAAACUCAAUUCUCGUUCAAAGAGACACGAUAAUAAGAUUUCUGUACCUCGGGAAUCUGUCGAAACAUCGGACACGACGCCUCUUAUUUCUUAA